AUGUCCAGUAUGACUACCAGGAAUGGAGGUGUUCGCCAGACUGACGGGACUGCUGGCAAUGUUUUGGACAAGCAUAAGGACGCGUCGGUGAUCACUGACGCCUCUGCAUCGUCGGCAGUUAAGCGCUCCACUGACCUGUUCACGGAAGAAGACAAGGAUGCUCUUCAGCCUGCUGCACAUGGUGCUAAGGAAGCGAUUCGGGAUUUACUCGCUGCGGGUGCUGGGGAUAAGGCACAGCAGGGUGAUGGUGCUGGUACGAGCAAUGUCAACAAUGAAGUGCCUGGCGGGACCCUGCCGAAGGAGAAAGAGGAGAUGGUCAACAAGCCUGUUAAGCAUGAUGACGACGAGGAAGACGACGGUUACCUCAGUGAUGAUCCGGAGGAGCGGUACGAUGUGCAGGCGAAGAACGAAGUUGCACAGCGGAUUCGUUUCGCCAUCGUGUUGCUGAUCCCGAUCGCUUUCAAGCCGGAAGCGACGCGCGUGCAGGCGACGUUGCGUGCGCUCUUCAACUUGUGGAGGAAAGAUCUGCACAUGGAGAUUCAGGCGACGACAAAAUUUCAGGAGCUGACGGCACUGUUUCUGAACAAGAAGCAGUAUACGAGGCUCCAGGUUACCUUUGAGAGGGCCCGGGAUGCCAAUUUCGUGUGGAAGCACGGGAUUGUGCAUACCUGUGUUGACGGGAAGCGUAUCAAUUUGGACUGGCAGCACCCGGUGGACCCUGCUUACGUGAAGGCGCGUGCUGCGGACCCGCUGUUGAUCGAGGUCCUGUUUAAGGAAGUGGACGCGGUGAUCACGCCUGAGAUGCUGUGCGAGAUGCUGGUGACGGUGAAGUUGGAGAAGAGGGGCCGUCCGGCCUUUAAGGAGGGGUGUUGCUUCCAUCGGGUGGUGAACCCUGUCACGGGGAUGGAUACUGACAAGGUUAAGGGGCUGGUGAAACAGCACGUGGGUGAUCAGCUAAUCUUGAAGGACCCGGCUUUGGUGCUGAUUUCAACCGCGGGGAACCGCGAGGAGUGGAUCUGUGUCCAGGAGAGUUGCGAGAAGGCGAGCGGGGUCUCUUUCGCCCAGGCAGUGGAGCAUGUUGUCACCCAGCGGCACAGCGAUGGUUUGGAGUCAGGGUCUGCGUCGCGGAGCUCCAAGGCAGGGGUCAAUUUGGUGGCGGCGAAGAAGGAGUUCGGAGUGUGA